GUUUCGUUUUUGUGUAUCUGUGAUAAACGUAAGUAAUGAUAUUUGUACGUAUUUUUGGGUACGUUGCUUAGAGUCAGCCGAUAUAGUACAUCUUAAUCGGUUAGGAGUACAUGCAGUUUGCUUCAACUCGAGUAUCAAUUCAUUUGAAGGAAGCAGUAUUUUGAAAACACAUGCAUACCUCUUCAGAAGAAAAACCUCACGUGUGUGAGGUAUGUAAGAAAAUAUUUACUCAAAAGUGUGGUUUAAACGUACAUAUGCUUAUUCACACAGAGAGACACUAUGCAUGUGAAUUAUGUAAGAAGCAAUUUAGUCAUAAAUGUUCUUUAAAUAAGCAUAAGCUUAUGCACAGGGGAGAAAAACCUUAUGUGUGUGAAAUAUGUACGAAGUCAUUUAUUCGAAAGGAUAAAUUAAAUGAGCAUAUGCUUGUUCACACUGAAGAUAAACCUUAUGUGUGUGAAGUAUGUAAUAAUUCCUAUAAACGUAAGAGUAAUUUAAAGGAGCAUAUGAGUAAGCACAGAUUAGAGAAAGCUUAUGUGUGUAAAAUAUGUAAGAAGGCAUUUAGUCGAACUUCUGCUUUGAAGGAACAUAUGCGUAUUCACACAGGAGAGAAACCUUAUACGUGUGAAGUAUGCUUCAAGUCAUUUAGACAAAAGGUUGCUUUAAAACGGCAUAUUCUUAUUCACACAGGAGAUAAACCUCAUACGUGUGAAGUAUGCUUCAAGUCAUUUAGACAAAAAGUUUCUUUAAAACGGCAUGUUCUUAUUCACACAGGAGAGAAGCCGUAUGUGUGUGAAAUUUGUGUGAAGGCAUUUAAACGUAAAGGGAGUUUAAAUAUGCAUAUGCAUAUUCACACUGGAGAGAAACCAUAUGUGUGUGAAAUAUGUAAUAAGACAUUUGGUGAAAAGAGUAAAUUAAACAGGCAUAUGCUUGUUCACAUGGAGCAGAAACUUUAUGUGUGUGAAAUAUGUAAGAAGUCAUUUAUUCGAAAGGAUAAGUUAAAUGAUCAUAUGCUUGUUCACACAGAAGAUAAACUAUAUAUGUGUGAAGUAUGUAAUAAUUCUUUUAAACGUAAGAGUAAUUUAAAUCAGCAUAUGAGUAAUCACAUGCUAGAGAAACCUUAUGUGUGUAAAAUAUGUAAGAAGUCAAUUAGUCGAACGUCUAGUUUGAAGCAGCAUAUGCGUAUUCACACAGGAGAGAAACCUUAUGCAUGUGAAAUAUGUUUCAAGUCAUUUAGAUUAAAGGGAGCAUUAAAUCAACAUAUCCUUAUUCAUACAGGAGAGGAUUUAGUUAAAACUGUAGUUUGAAGCAGCAUAUGCGUAUUCGCAUAUGAGAAAAAAUGUAUGUAUGUUAAGUAUGUGUAAUGUUUAGAUAAAAGUAUGCACAUAUGCAUAAUGACACAGCAUAGAACCCUUAUGCAUGUGAAGUUUGUAAGAAGUCAUUGAUUCAAAAACCAGUUGAACUACCAUAUGCCUUUUUACUCAUGACAGAAAUCUGAUUUCUGUCAAUUAUGCAACUAGUCAUUAAAGGAAAGGAUAAUUAAAGAAUUAAAACUUUUGUUAGUGUAAGUAAAAAAUUAUUUACUCCAAAGUGUAAUUUUUGUAUGUAUCUAGAGAGGAGAGAAAUCUUGCAAAUUAUGUAUGUAAAAGUCCACAUUUUAAAGGAUGGUUUAAGUACAACAUAUCCAUAGAGAACAGAAAUCUCAUGAUUCAUGUAUGCCAAUUACUUUUACAUUCAUUGUGAUUUACUAAUUGCGAUUUAAAUAUCUAUCCAGGGAAAAGAGUAAUCUCACAAGUUAUGAACGUAAUAAUUUUGUUGUAGAAUCUUCUUUAUGUUGUCUAUAGAAAAGUCUUUUGAGGAGAUGUUAUAUUAGUAACGACCUUUAAUUACCAAUGCAUUAGGGACUUGUCUUUGCAGUGAAGAAACCUCAUUAUUUAAGGUGAAAGCUAAUUCAAUGGCACUGGGUGGUAGAAUUCAGUGGCAGAAAAUUAUUUAGAAUUUAGAGAUAUGGUCAGUGGCAGAAUUUAGGAUUUGCUGCCUUUACAUCAGGUGGUAUAAAGAUGACUGUUGAUCCCAGCCAAGUUAUAUAAAUUGUCAGUUAUUCAAAAUAAAUAAUAAACUAUUUAUUUGUUUCCCAAAGAGAGAAAGACCUCUUUGUGCCAGAUAAAUUUCAAGCCAUUUUAAAGAAAUAAUCACUUGAAACAACAUUUGCUUAUUCAUCCAAUUUUCAUUUGAAUUCAGACUUUUUUUUUUUUUUUUUACCCCCUGUAGCAUUUCUUAGAGUGUAAUCAUUUGUAUUGCUUUGCACUUUUCACAUUUUGUAAAUGGUAUGAAGGUAUAAAGUAUACUAUUUUGUGAUGUUAUCUUUAGGACUUAAAGUUGAAAAUUUUUUGCUUUCUCAUUGAAAACAAACCUCUCAUGAAGUUGUAACUUUAAACUGUUUAACUGUUAUAUGGUGUAAAAAAGUUGAAUGUUUGAAGCAUGAA